ACAUUUCCAGGCAAGUCUGGAAGUAUGUGAACAGUAACACAUUUUCGGAGCCCAUAAGUAAUUGGACAUAUUAAUGCAGAUCAUCACUUUUUCAGCCGCAUUUCUGCGGAGGCAUCAGGGGUGGGUGAACAUUUCCAAGCAACUGGAAUUACUGAUUGUUGCGCAAGGAAAAUCAUGAUUUGGUAACUCUGAUUUCAAGCAGUCGUUCAGUUUUGUGCAAGUAAUGUGCCACUAGUCACAGUCCCUUAAACGUGCAUGUAUGUGUGUGUAAAACACAGGGGUGUUUGCACAGAAUAUGAGGACAUUAUGUGCAGUUGUUUGCAUAAUUGUCAUGUUUUUUAUUUUUAAACAGGCAGUUUUAGUAAAUCUUUUUUCACAAUGAGUGACGGCUCUGUGGAUGAGGAAGCAGCCAAGCUGCAAAGAGCCAAUGAGGAAACUCAAGACUCCGCUGAGACGCUGCACGCCACAAAAAGACUAAAAGCAGAGCUGGAAAACAUCAGCGAGGAAAAAUAUCCCAAAAAGAAAGUCGUUCUUCUCAUGGCGUAUUCCGGGAAGGGUUACUAUGGCAUGCAGAGAAAUGUUGGAAAACCUCAGUUCAAGACUAUUGAAGACGAGCUGGUCACUGCACUUAUAAAAUGUGGUUGCAUUCCCGAGGACCACGGUGAAGACAUGAAGAAGAUGUCUUUCCAAAGAUGCGCAAGAACAGAUAAGGGUGUGUCUGCAGCUGGCCAGGUGGUGUCUCUAAAGCUGCGGUUGCUCGACGAUGUCGUUGCAAAAAUCAACGAGCAUCUCCCAUCACAGAUCAGAGUACUUGGUCUUAAACGGGUGACACAGGGCUUCAAUUCCAAAAACAACUGUGACGGUCGCACAUACUCCUACAUGCUUCCGACAGUGGCUUUUUGUCAAGACUACGAUAGCAAUAAUUUUUCAGCCUCCCUGGACGCAGAGAUGCGUGAGAGGAUUAAUCAUUUGUUUGCCCUCUAUGAAGGCACCCACAACUUCCACAAUUUCACCUCCCAGAAAGCUCCGUCUGACCCCAGUGCCCGCCGCUACAUCAUUGAGAUGUCCUGCGGUGAGCCAUUUGUGCGCGACAGCGGCGAGUUCGUAGUGAUCACCGUGCGAGGGCAGAGCUUCAUGAUGCACCAGAUUCGUAAGAUGAUUGGCCUGGUGAUCGCAGUGGUAAAGGGCUAUGCGCCUGAGGAGGUGAUCAACCGGAGCUGGGGGCUGGAGAAGGUGGACAUACCCAAAGCACCCGGACUGGGACUGGUCCUAGAGCGGGUUCACUUCGACAGGUACAACAAGCGCUUUGGAGGCGAUGGGCUGCAUGAGUGCCUGGAGUGGGACGGCCAGGAGGAGGCAGUCAAGGCCUUCAAGGACGCUCAUAUCCUCCCCACCAUCGUAGAGACGGAGCGCGAGGAAGGCUCCAUGGUCAGCUGGAUGUCCACAUUACACAACCACAAAUUUGAAGCCACGGUGACGGAAACGGAAGAAAACAAGGACCAGAAACAGGAAUAUGAAGACUUGGCAAAUGUUUCAGAUUAAGUCCCCCUGCUUCUAAAAGACAUUUUCCUCACAGAAAACUUUUACUUUUAUUGAGAACAGUGUUUUUUUUUAUGCCUGUUGUUUCCAAUAAUUUUUCUUUAAACAAAACUUUUAUAUCUGUGAAGGAACAAGAUAAUAAAGAAGGAAAAGACCACUCCUCACUCAGUCUGUUUUUAUUCUACAGCUGAUAAUAAGAGGACAAUAUUGUUUGUUUUUGGCAGGAUUAUAAACCAACUAAAGCCUUUUUUC